GUGGUUGCUUUAUAUUUUCAGACGGCUGUCUCAGACUCUAAGGGGAACCCCCAGAUGGCUUCGCCGGCUGCUUCCCCCCAAUCAGAUCUUUUGACUGAUGUGGCCUUGGCUUGGGCCAGCCUUCAAAGAGCCAAGCACGUGCUACAGCGGAUGGAGAGUGAACUGGACACAUGCAGCUGGCACAGGCUCAGCAGUCAGAGUUGCAGAUCACUUGAUGGUGGGCAAGAGAAGCUGGUUUCUUGGGAAGACUGGAACAGUUCUAGUUUUGUCCACACCAAACCGAGAGUUCAUCAUUUUCCUGAGGACUACAAGAUGGCAGCUACUUCAAUAUCACCCUGGGUCUUUCAGGAGUCAGUUACCUUCAGAGAAGAAUCAGGUAGCAAUGUAGUGACUUAUGAUGGACAAGUGACUCAUCUGAAUCCUGUGACCCUUGGCCCAAUGAGGAAAGAGCAGGACUUUAACUGCCAACUUGAACCAGAAAGAAAGUAUACAGCAAAUGAUUGGUCCUCCAGAUUACCAGGCUUUAUUCCCUCAGGAGGCUAUCAUCAGUUCUUGAACCCUCUGAGAAGUGGAGGGAAAGGUCCCUGGAGGGAAAGGUCACCUCAGCCUCUUGACUCUUCUGCCAGUUUUCAGAGAUGGCCGUUGGCAGGGGUAAAGAGAUCUUUCCCUGACUCUCGGCUAGAGCAACUGAGGGAGAGGAUCCGGGCACAGAAGCAUCGAUAUCUUAAUAUUUUCCCUGCCUCCUUCCAAGAUUGUUCUGGGGUCUCACAAGCUGUGCCCUGGAAGUACAAGCCAAAGAGAAAUGUCUACAAAAUGAAGUUAGCUGCUUCACACCCUGCACACCCAGGCCAAGUCUCAGCUUCCAGCCCCAAUCCCAGUGAUACUCACCAUUCAGUUUCCCAUACAUUUACACCAAAGAGAAAAGGCCACAGAGUAAGAUUUGCACUGUCAACUCCAGAAAAUCCAUGUCAAAGGGACAAAAUUAGAGUGGCCCAAAACUGCCAGGGAUCUGCACGGUCACCUUCCCCUAGAAGACUUCUGAAAGGCCAUGAUGCUAAGCUGACUGGCGUUUCUGCAUGGAGAAAGGGACAGAGGCUUGUGAGGCUCCUCCUUGGGCCCCCUCCCACGUUUCUCCAGCUCCAGAAUCGGGCCCUCUUAAAAGGCCUAGUCACCUCAAAGGAGUCAGGACUGAGGGAGAAGACUCAAAAAUCUGAGCACAUACCACCCCCCACCCCAGAUAUAAACAACCAGAAAGGAGCAGCUUCUCUCCAUGGAAACUCCCAGGUCUCUCCAGAAACUUCAGCACCAGUGGGCUGUGGUAGUUCUGAACCAUUCCAAGCUCUCUUGAAUCUUUUGAGAAAUCUCCAAUCACAUGUUCAAGACAAGGCACACAACAAAAGAACACGAUCCCAGUCUCCAAAGGGCAUGUCUACCAAGAAAGCAGGUGAAUCAGAAUGGCAUUCCUCAAAACCUCAAACUGGAGCAGUGGGAAGAAGGAAUCUUCAGUUUGUCUCAGAUGGAAAGAACCUUUCUUCAAGGAUGGGUAGUUCUGAGGCAUGGAAAGUACCUGGAAAAGAAAAUGACUACCAAGGGACCCACAGAAAAACAGACAGGAGUACCUCUCGGCCCUAUACCACUAUAGAAAUCCGGAAAUUCAUGAAUCAGAAAGCAAUAGAAAGAAAGAGAAGGUGCCUUGAAGCCAAAAUAUCUGUAAAGAAAGCCUUGGAGCUGAGAGAGAAGAAGUUGCAGGAGGUGUAUAAGAAACAGAGAGAAGCUUUCUCCAGGAAGACCAAUGCCAGAGUCUCGCAAAUGUCAUCCAAGACCAUUGCCUCUGGGCAACAAUCCCACCUUUCCAAAGCCCCAGAAGGCAAGGAAAGCCAAAGGGAGACAGCUCUGGAAUAUGAAAAGCAGGCAUGGGACACUGUGCUAGGUAACAAAGAGCUUCAAGACAGAACUUCCCAUGAUACUAAAACUCCAGUUACUACCAGGGCUUCUGAAAGUGGGGUUAAGCUCCCUUUGCCGUUCUCCACGAGCAUAUCCCCUGGGCCUUCAAAACGGCCAGACUUGGGCCCUAGCCCUUUACCUCCAGCUUUGAAUCUUCAGUCAAGUCAGAUUGAAAACUCGGAGAAGACUCAGGGUUCUGUGGUGCCUAACAAAGAAUCAAACCCUAUGCCCUUCCAAUACAAUCAGGCCAGGAUCCGGAUUCUUGAGGCCACUGCUCAGGUGCUAAAGGAGAGAAUUGAAUUUAUGACUGAGAAGUUAAACCUCCCAGCAAUGUCUGGCACACACAGUGACAAGCCUGAGAUGUGCUUGGUUGCACAAAGCACCGAUACCUCAUCGGUUCAGGAGUGCCCCCCAGCGACAGCACAAUCCUCUUGUGCUCUUGUCCUUGGGCAGUCUUCCAGCCUAACUGCCUUGGAAACCCUUGGAGGCCCUGAACCAGAAGUGACCAAGCCCCUCAGCGGCAGAGAGGAAGGGAUGACUCAGGAAAGUGGAAAAGAUGGAGUGGAAAUAGAAACAGAAGUCUCAGUUGUUCUUCUUAGCCUUGUUGCACCUGGUGAAAUGUCAUCCUACAGCACUCCAGGAUUGAACGAGCGACAGAGUCUUUGCCCUGCCGAGCCGCAGCAACCGAGGCCCAAAGAUCUUACUCUGACUGAGGAUUCUGAAACGGAAAAGAGGGCACUAAAAGAUAAAUUCACCUGUCCUCCUGGUUCUUUCACAGGAAGUCCACAGAAAGAAUCUGAAAAGCAGGACAGCUUCAUUGAUCCUUCUGGAGUUCAGAUGGAAGAAGAGUUGAAUGAAUUUUCUCUUGGAAGCCUGGAGUCCUAUAAUGGGAUCAAGAUACAAGACCUUCCCACAAGAAGAACUGAGUUUUUAAGCCCCUCAAGAAAACAUAUGGAGGGAUAUGAACAUGGCAACAAAUAUUUCAAUGAUGCCUGCAUCAACUAUCUAAGCAGUGUGCAACAGAAAUCUCUUGACUUUCUUCAGAAAAUGAAGUUGCAUCAGAUCACACAGGAGAGGGAGUUAGAAAUUCUAAAGCAGAAAGCAGAACUGGAAGCUGAAGAAACUCAGAAAUCUUUGGAUGAAUUGGUCUUUAGGAAUCAUUUAAAGCAAUCUUUUCAUGACAGCCACAUCCUUAGAACUGAACUAGAUGAUAAAGCAGAAAAAUGGAAGAUGCCAAAGACGUAUGGAGACUUGGAGUCCAUAGAUUAUCUAACAAGGCUAUCAACUAUGGGCAGAACAUAUUCCAGCAGAGCCAAUAGUCCAACAGUUCCUACUUGGGAAAGUGAGCCAAGGAGAAAUGUAUUGGAUGGCAUAGAUGCUGAUAGGGGAAGAGGGAAGCAAGACAGUACCACACCACCCCACUUCACUACGUGGUCCCCAUCAGCUGCUGGUUACCCAAGUAGCACAGUAUUCUCUAGAGAAGACCUCAUGGACAGCAGUCAGAGGAAUGAAAUCAAUCAGUCUAGUCUCUUCGACCGUUUCAACCUGAGGAUGACUGAUCAGUACUUAAGGGAAGAAGAACUCAGAGCUCAGUACCAGACAGCCCUCCUUAAGCUCCGGGAGAAAGCCCUAGAGGAGAAAGUUACAACUGAAUUGUCACGGCUAGAACAACAGAAAGCGUAUCUGGGGAACAAAAGAGACCACAGCUUAAUGACUGAGAAACAGCACCGAAUCCUAAUGGAUCUGAAGCAAGAACAGUUUUCCAGUCCCUGGUCAGAAGCUAAAGAAGGCCAGAAGUCCAAAGAUGAGAGAGUCUUCAGACCAGAGAAACUAGUGAGGAGUCCAGAGCGUUUGUUGUCAAUAUCAUCUUACAUAGGAAGAUCAGCUUUGGUCUUGUCUGACCUUGGAAAAAAUCUGAAAUGCUGUGAGAACACACACCUUCUUGCUGAGAGGGAGAUCCAGGGGAUACCUGAGGAGGACUCAUGCCUACAGCCACAGUGGCUGAAGGGGGGAAAGGACAGAUCAAUGGUCAGUAACAUGCCUGACCACAGGGAACAAACUCUGGGCCAGUUCGUGGAGAAUGACGACCAGAAAAAUAAAGAGCCUGCUGAACAAUACUGUACUAUUUGGCAACAUCCACAGCAAGAAAGCUCUUUGGAAAUCAAACAAGAUCCGUGUCAGAUGCCAACUACAAGGGCAGAGGAAUGUAAUUCAAAGACUGAACUCAAGCCUAAUGCGGUGGAAAAAAGACCUCAAAGUGAAGCUAUAAAAGGCUCAUUAGGAAGAGGGGAGAGAUAUGUACAGGCACAAAAAAAUGAACUAAAUUGUUCAAAAUUGGAAAGAAGCUUGGCUGGGCAGGAAGAAGGCCAAUCAUCUCAGGAAGACAGUGUUAUUUAUGAUAGAAAAAAUCAGGAGGCCUCAGCACUGGACUCAGAUGUCAUUAAGAGUUCAAUAGUUGAAUCACAAGAGGAGAAAAGAAGGCAGCAGAGGAUGAAAGAUAAGUUUAGAGAAAUUCAAUUAGAAACUAUCCAGAUAUGCCACAUCUCUGCCAUUCAAGAAUGCAAAAAAGAUCAAGAGAAGAAAUCGGAGUAUACUCAGUAUGAUGAAGAUCACUUGCAUAAGUGUGAUACCACUCCUUCUGACUCCUUAAAAUCAGGAUCUGUUCUCAGUACCUCUUUAGAAUCUCUCUCUUCAGACACAGUAUCACCAUGCAAUUCACCGCCAGAAUUAGACAGUGGUCAGUCACAUCUAUCUGCUUCUGAAUUUCAGAAGGUGACUGCCUUUCUAGUUAAUGUUUCAGACAGUCUGAUUUCAGGAAGUGACUCAGAAGCUGAGGGUGCACAAAACACAGAAGUCAGUGAAUGGCAGGAGUUCACUGACCAACAACCAUUGAAUGAGUUUUCUAGUCCUUUGCCUAAUCCAUCAGUAACGCCAAGUAAAGGAGAUGGAUUGAUUUUGGCAGUUAAUAGUGACGAGAAACAGCCUGAUAGUGGUUUUCCUUUUGAAAACUGCCAAGACUUACAGAAGACACAAGCGAAUAACAAUAUUUCAAUUAAUGACUGUCCUUCUGAAACUAAUGUUGUGAGUUUGCCUGGCAGCAGGAAACAAAAGCUAAGCCUUUCAUGGACAGAAUUACCAUUGUCUCAAGACACACCCUCUCAAAAUUUGAAUGAUAUGCUUUCAGCAGAUACCUAUGUGGCACUAAAAGAGGAUAAAGAAAAAACUUGUUCACAGCAUGAAGUUUGUGUUGAACCCAUGUUCAGUUCCUCUUCAUCCCUGGAUGAUUUUUCAGAGACAGAUAAAGAUUUGGAACAAGGUCCUGCAUUUUCCCUUGGCAAAGGAAAAGAUCAGAAAGACUUUGGAGUCAAAGAUGUUUGGUUGGAAGGGACAAGCAAAAAAGAAACUAAAUUUUUUCUCCCAGAAAUCUACUUCAUGCCAUUUCCAUCCCCAAACCUGAAAGCAAAUUGCCAACCACUUUCACUGCCUUUUGAAAUGUCACAGAGAAAACAAAACUUGUCAGUCAAAAAAGCUAAACCUACAUGUGAAGAAAAUCCAGAAGGGCCUAUUUCUGACAAAGUUAGUAAAUUUGCCUUUCAGCAGUUGUCAACUGACUUCAACAGUGAGCCUGCUAAACCUGGCCCCAGGAUCUUUCAUGAUGGGAAAAUUGUUCAGUCAAGGUGUGAACAUAAAGCAGAUGAAUCUGAUAUACAUCAGAGGACCUCAGGGGGCCACAAGGUCGUGAUAGCUCCUUCUGGGUCAUCCAAUGGGUUGGUUCACGAGAAUGAGCAUUGCCCAACUGUGAGGGUUGAUGGCUCCAUACAUACCAAAAAAAAUGGUCUAUCUACUCUCCAUGGUGACAUUUUGUCUGAAAUACUAUCUCCUGUUGAUGAAGUACUUUCCUAUGGAAGUGCUGGCCUCCCAUCCCCAACCCAGAAGGGUUCCUCUUUUCCCAGUGAAGAUUUCCCUUCUCCUCCUCCUGACCUUGUGUUUUGGGCAAAUGAUAAUGAUAUUAACUUCAAUUCAGAAGACUUCCCUUUUCUGCCAGAAGAUGUGGUAUCUCCAGAAAGUUCAAAGAAUGCACAAGAUGAAGAUUCAUCUCUUCAAACUGGUGAGUUAUCUUCUUUAUCUGAUGAGAUAUUACCAGAGGAAUUUUCUCCAAUACCUCUGGAUUUAGGGAAUUCCUACUCAGUUCUAGAUGAACACUCACUGGAAUGGGAUGGAAGGAGAGAAAGCAGUUUGGAAAAGAAAGAGGAACUGUUGAGUCUUGAACCACAGCAGGAUGUUGAAAGGAAACAAAAAGUGAGCUGCUGUUCCAGUCCUACUUUGUCCAUAAGUGCCACUCAAAGUCCAGCAUCAUUCUUAAAACCAUUUAAAGAUGAAGAUGAGAAGAAUCCACUAGCAAUGAACGAUACAGAGAACAGAGAAGAGGUGACACAUACACAACCAGAAAUUCUGAAAUUCAAAGAGACAAGUCAUUUUGAAGGAAAGCACUGGACUGGAAUGAAAUAUGAUAAAGCAAAGGAUGAUCACAAAAAGGACUUGGAAAGAGUAAAACAUUCAGAGUAUGACAUGUAUUAUGAUGAGUUACUUAGUCCAGAUCAAAUGUUAUACCUUUUGACAGACUGUACAGAAAAGUCAAGUGAACAUAAUGACCAAGAUUCACUUCAUUGUGAGCCAUCCUUAAAGAAUGGUAAAUGCUAUGAUGAGAUCAGGGUAGAAUACCCAUUUUUAAAGACAAAGCCAGAAGCAAAGUUUAACAACAGAGAUAGCUCAAUGACAACAGUAACCACUCAUCCUGAAACCCUGAUGUUCCAACCUACAGAGAUGGAGUCCUGCUUUAUUCAUGCUCAGUCUGAGUCUGAAAGACUUUUUAAUAAAGAUUUCUCUGGAUGCUUAAGUAGCCAAAAAGAACAGCCACAUAUGGCACCUAUAAAAAAUGAGGCUGAGAAAUUACUUGAAGAUGUACAUCCAAUGGAAGAUAAAGAAAUCAACUUUGAAAAUAGUGUUAUGGGCUCCCAACUUGAUUCCAGUCAAAAAACAUAUGGAAUUGUAGAUUCUGUAUCCACUGAACUGACCAAAAAAAUCCUGUGGGAUGCCUUAGCCGUGUUUGCAGAGCUUGUCAGACAGCAGAAUGCCUCCCUGUCCAUCAGCCGCUGUGUAACCCCUACUGAUGAGGGGAAGCUCACAAAAUUGCCCUCUCCAAUAACUGCUUCUACAGACCACACAUAUGCCAAUGACACAGAAAAGGGAGAAAUGGAAUUUUGACAGUGGAUGAAGAAGCAAGAACAAAAUAGGCUUUUGGGGGGCGGGGAGUGAGGGGAGAGGCCAGGG